GUCGUCCCACCCCGGGCUGGGCGUGCCGGGCCAACUUUCUGCCCGGCCGAGGAAGAGGGAGGCAGGCCAUGGCGCGGGCGGCUCCUCCGGGCACGCUGGAGCUGCUGCUGCACAAAGCCACAGACCCCAGUAACCCCGAGGAAAACUGGGAAUGUAUCCAGAGGUUUAGCGACCAGGUCAACGCAGAUGCUGACAGCACUGCUGCAGCUCUGAAGUUGCUGGAACAUAAGAUCCAGUCACCACAGGAGGCAGAGGCUCUGCAUGCGCUAACCGUCUUGGAGAUGUGUGUGAACAACUGUGGAGAGAAUUUCCAUCACGAAAUGGGGAAGUUCCGAUUUCUGAAUGGUCUCAUCAAGGUCCUUUCUCCCAAGUAUCUCGGAGAGUGGUCGACGGACAGAGUCAAAUCCCGCAUUGUCGAGCUGCUGUUCAGUUGGAUGGUGUGGUUUCCUCAGGAAGUGAAAAUCCGCGAUGCUUAUCAAAUGCUGAAGAAACAAGGGAUCGUCAAACAAGACCCCAAACUACCGGAAGACAAAAUUAUGCCACCACCUUCUCCACGGCCGGCUAGCUCCAUUUUUGAUGCUGAUGAUGAGAAAUCCAAGCUUUUAACAAGGCUUCUGAAAAGCAAAAAUCCAGAGGACCUUCAGGCAGCAAACAGGCUGAUCAAAGGGAUGAUCAAAGAGGAGCAAGAGAAAUCGGCCAAGGUUUCCAGGCGACUGAACGCUCUGAAGGAAGCCCACAGCAGUGCAGAGGCCUUGGAGGAGAUGCUGAGUAGCUGCCGAGAAAGCAAGGGAGCCGGGACCCCCCCACCAACCCUGGAGCUCCUGCAGGCCACGUUUGCCAAGUGCGAGAGGCUGAAGCCACUGCUCUUCCGUGUGGCCAGUGAGACGGUGGAAGAUGAGGAGGCUUUGGGGGAGGUUCUGCAGGCAAGUGACAGGCUCACGCGGGCGCUGUGCUUUUACAAGGACGUUGUGGGCACCGCUGGGGAUUCUGGGACCAGCUCUGGUGCUGCUGCUGCUGGACCUCAGCCCCUUCCAGACGCUGCAAACAGCCUCACCCUCAUCGACCUCUCUGAGCUGGGUGCUGGGUGCCAAGCUCCCUUGCAAGAGAACGCAAAGACAGAGCCUUUCCUGGAGAGGCUCCUCUCCUCCACUUCCACUCACUCACUGGACGAGGAGCUGAUGUUAGGUCUCCCCAUCAGCCCGACGGCGGCUCCUCCAGUCUCCAGUCAAAUACCUGAAAUGGCACCAGCACCUUUGCCACUUUGCCCUGCGUCCUCCAGCGGUUCCUUGGCUAAGCUCUCAAUUCCGCUGAGUUCCAUUACUCUGAGCACAAUCCCCCCGGUCACGGUCUAUGAGGAGAAGGGCCUGAAAGCCAUGCUCCACUUCUCCAGGGACCCGGUUCCUGGCCAACCAGCCACCAGGGUACUGGUCCUCUCCCUGCUGAGCACUGCCCCUCACCCAGUCCAGGACAUCGUCUUCCAGGCUGCUGUGCCCAAGUCGAUGGCCAUCAAGCUGCAACCGGCCACAGGCUCCGAGCUGCCGGCCUUCAACCCACUCCUUCCCCCAACAGUGAUUUCUCAAGUAGUGCUUCUGGCCAACCCUCACCAGGCUCCACUCCGACUGAGAUACAGAUUGUCCUUCGUCCAAAAUGGGGCACCUUGCAUAGAAACUGGGGUGGUGUCUGAUUUCCCCCAUGCCGAGUUAUGGGGUGGGAUUUAGUGACUGCUUGCCCAGUGACUUCAGAAGAUCCCCCAGAGCACCAUCUUCAUGGCCUCAGGGCACCGGGAUGAGCCAGGGCCCAGACAUUCAAUGCCAAUUACACUUUGGAGCAAGAUACCUUCCUCUUCACAUAUACCAAUCGGUACAUUUUUAAAAAAUUAAAAAUGCAGCUAUAUUUAUAUUCAUUUGGGCUAUGUAAACAGCACUGGAUACUUUUUCUCCAAUAAUCUUGGAUCACUUCAUUUCUGAGGAUUGUCCACAUGAAAGCUACCCUCCCACCUGUUGGCUGAGCUGCUGUGAUGUCAUGGAAUGUGUGCAAUCCAAUAGUCCAUAGAAUAUUGAUAUUAAAGUUUUUCUGUUUCUAAGA